AUGUACGAAGGGAUUGACAACCUGAAAUCCCUUUACGACCGUGCCGGGAAGACUUUCUCCGGCGGUCCUUCUGCGGCACAGGAUGUGCCGCGUCGUACUGCUCAACCAGACCCAGUACGUCGAUCAUCAGUUGGGAGCGGGGCUCCCAAGAAUCCCAGGACGGGGGAUAGCCGCGCCACCGGACGAGAUAACUCGUCCGACGUCCGUUCACGUCGCGGUGGUUCAACAGCUGCUCAACUAGAUAGCGCUGGCCACCGCGAGAGUCCUCUAAUGGAGGUGGAGGAGGAGGAAAAACGCUCUCCACACGAUCAUGGGGAUCCGUGUGUUCCCGAGAGCUUCUUUGAUCGCGUAACGCAAGGGUUACGCAACGAUCUCGAACAUGAGCGGGAAAGGCGUCUCCAAAUGGCGGACACUGUCUCGAAGCAUUGA